AUGGAGGUGCCGCGCCUGGAUCAUGCCCUCAACAGCCCCACCAGCCCCUGUGAGGAGGUGAUCAAAAACCUCAGCCUGGAGGCCAUUCAGCUGUGCGACCGAGAUGGGAACAAAUCACAAGACAGUGGCAUCGCAGAGAUGGAAGAACUUCCUGUGCCACAUAACAUCAGAAUAAGCAACAUCACCUGCGACUCAUUCAAGAUUUCCUGGGAAAUGGACUCAAAGUCAAAGGACCGCAUCACACACUAUUUCAUUGACCUCAAUAAGAAAGAGAACAAGAACUCCAAUAAAUUUAAACACAAGGAUGUUCCAACAAAACUGGUGGCAAAAGCUGUUCCCUUGCCGAUGACUGUCCGUGGACACUGGUUUUUGAGCCCAAGAACUGAGUACACAGUAGCAGUGCAGACUGCCUCAAAACAAGUUGAUGGUGAUUAUGUUGUGUCUGAAUGGAGUGAAAUUAUAGAAUUCUGCACAGCAGACUAUUCAAAAGUUCAUCUAACACAACUGUUGGAGAAGGCCGAAGUGAUUGCAGGACGGAUGCUCAAAUUUUCUGUUUUUUAUCGUAACCAGCACAAAGAAUAUUUUGACUACAUUCGAGAACAUCAUGGGAAUGCUAUGCAGCCCUCCGUCAAGGAUAACAGUGGCAGCCAUGGCUCUCCUAUCAGUGGAAAAUUAGAAGGCAUCUUCUUUAGCUGCAGCACUGAAUUCAAUACUGGGAAGCCACCCCAGGAUUCACCUUAUGGAAGAUACAGGUUUGAGAUUGCAGCAGAAAAACUUUUUAACCCCAAUACUAACUUAUACUUUGGGGACUUCUACUGUAUGUACACUGCUUAUCAUUAUGUGAUUCUGGUCAUUGCUCCUGUGGGAUCACCAGGAGAUGAAUUUUGUAAGCAGCGCCUUCCUCAACUAAAUUCCCAGGAUAAUAAAUUUCUGACGUGCAGAGAAGAAGAUGGGAUGCUGGUUUACCACCAUGCCCAGGAUGUCAUUUUAGAAGUCAUUUACACUGACCCCGUGGAUCUUUCUCUAGGCACUGUGGCAGAAAUCACUGGUCAUCAGCUCAUGAGCUUAUCUACUGCAAAUGCAAAGAAAGAUCCCAGCUGCAAAACCUGUAAUAUUAGUGUUGGACGUUAA